AUGGGUCUGUCACUAGAUGUUCAUCGAAAUCCAACAAUUGAGAGUGACAUCAUAAUUGGACACUUAGACACUGGUGUAAUACCUGAGAUAGAGAGUUUAUCUGAUGAUGGUUUAAGCGAUGUUCCCACAAAAUGGAGAGGUGCUUGUCUUGGAGGCAAAAACUUCACUUGUAACAAAAAGUUAAUUGGAGCGAGGUACUACAUUGGAGACUCGGCAAGGGAUGUAUAUAACCAUGGAACUCACACGGCUUCCACAGCAGUUGGAAGGGUUGCGAAAAAGGCGGCCAAUUAUUUUGGUAUAGCAAAUGGGACUGCUAGAGGAGGUGUCCCAUCAGCUCGGAUAGCUACAUAUAAAUUGUGCCAAAUUGCUUGUGAUGUUGAAGAUAUUUUGGCGGCUUUUGAUGAUGCCAUUGCCGACAAUGUUGAUAUAAUCACUAUCUCACUUGGAUCUAAUGAAGUUUUGAAUAUUAUUGAGGAUCCUGUUGCAAUUGGUUCAUUUCAUGCUUUGAAGAAGGGAAUUUUAACUGUACAAGCUGCAGGAAAUUCAAAUGGUAAAUUCUUUACAAUUAUAAGCCUUGCACCAUGGUUAUUCACAGUGGCCGCUAGUAGUACAGAUAGAAAAAUCAUCAACAAACUUAUUCUUGGAAAUCGACGUAAUCUCAUUAGCAUUGCAGUGAAUCCUUUUUCUACUGGCAGCCAUAACAAGAAGUUGGUGUAUGGAAGAGGAAUCACCAAACACUGUAAUGAAUCAAGUGCAAUGCAAUGCAUGGAUGGCUGUAUAGACCCCCAUUUAGUAAAGGGAAAGAUCAUAAUGUGUGAUGUUGACUCAUAUAAGUCAUUUACACUCGAAUCUGCAAGUGGGCUUAUUGUUCGAAAGGGGAAAUUACAUAAAGAUGACGCAGAAAACGCACCUUUUCCCACAGCAUUUUUGAGUGACUCUGAUUUUCGUUAUGUUGAGUCAUACUUCAAAUCAAAAAGAAUGCCAUGUGCACGCAUAAAAAAGAGUGAGACUAUUCAUUAUAUUGCUCCGAUUGUAGCUUCCUUUUCCAGUAGAGGGCCCAACAAAUUUUUAUCAGAAAUUUUCAAGCCAGAUAUAACCGCACCAGGCAUGAAUAUUUUAGCGGAAAGUCCAACAAAAACAGAUUUAGCUUUUGGAGAAGUUGGUGCUAAGUAUAAUUUCGAGUCUGGAACAUCAAUGGCAUGUCCUCAUGUUUCUGGUGCAGCUGCUUAUGUUAAAUCAAUGCAUCCCGAUUGGUCUCCCUCAGCUAUCAAAUCCUCUCUUAUGACUACCGCUUGGACAUUGGAUAAAAAAUACAACGUAGAUGCCGAACUUAGCUAUGGAGCAGGACACAUUGAUCCAGUGAAGGCUAUUCAUCCCGGACUCGUGUAUGAGACAUUAAUAAACGAUUAUAUUAAUAUGCUGUGUAUGUUAAGUUCUGAAGGGGAUAAAUUAAUAAAGAUGGUUGGAGCAAAAACAAAGUGUUCAAAGGAGAAAAGAACAUCUCUUAAGGAUCUUAACUAUCCUGCAAUGACUGCUCCUGUGCAUAGUAAUUUGUCUUUUACUGUUCAAUUUUCAAGAGUAGUGACAAAUGUUGGGCAUGCUAACUCAACGUAUGAAGCACAAAUAAGUACAGGGGAUAAUGCAAUCUACAUUAGUGUGGAGCCAAGUGUUCUUUCUUUUGUCCGUAUAAAAGAGAAAAAGAAAUUUACUGUGACAAUUAGUGGAAAAUGGGGCAGCCAAAAUCAUAUUUCUUGUUCCUUGAUUUGGUUUGAUGGUACUCAUAGAGUUAGAAGUCCAAUAAUCCUGUACAAGUCAUCGCUCAUACAUUCAUGA